ACGUCUCUCUUUUCCUUCAGGACCAAUGGUAUGGCAGAUUGACUUUAUAAAGGGGUCAGUUCAUUUUAGACUGUCGCAUUCUCAUUCUUGGUCUCUGUUUGGCACAUGAAUUUUCCUGCAAUUUUCAUGGUGCAUGUGAUAGCGUGAGGGGUUUGGGGAUGGUGGAGUUUGGUGGAAGUUAGGCAAAGAUAGACUCUGCCUUUAAACCCUCUCUUCCUUUCUCUAAAACCCCAUCAUUCAGAGAGAGAGAGAGAGAGAGAGAGAGAGGUAAUGGAGAUUGGGAUGAACUGAGCAGGACCCACUUCAUGUUUUCCCUAAUCUUCAACAAUCCUGAGGUUUCUUUUUUCACAAAUUUUGCCUAUUUUAUUUGGUGGGUGAUUGGGUUUUAGACUUUCAGUUGUUGUGAGUUCUCUGUGGGUCUGGUAUCUUUUGUCCAUCUACCUUAUCUGUUUUUUUCUUCAUUGUCAGAGAUUUUGAGGUUGUUUUUUCUCCUCAAAUACAAAGUUUUGGAGUUAUGGGUCGUGUAAUCUAGAUCCUUCUCCCUUGAUGGGCAUUUUAUCAUUCAUAUUAACCUAAAGGAAUCCUGCUUUUUGGUUCUAAUUCCCUUCUUUAAUUGCCAAUCGUUAACUGACAGCUGUCCUUGCUUCCCACCCAAGUUGAGCCUCCAGCGCCUUCAAUGCACUGUAGGCAGAUGCCCAAGCAGUUAAGAAGCAGCCUAGGUGUUUGCUAUUUUGCUCUGUGUGGUGUUCUAACCACCAGCAUUCAAAGGCUGUCGGCUGCCUUGUCCAUAUGUGUCCCUCUGUGUUGAAGAGCCCUCAGCCAAGUCCCAAUUCAAAAUACCACAUAUUUCAUCGAACCAUUGAACUUUGCCCUUCCUUGGCAGAUCUUCCUUUGGCCAAAAGGAAAAAUAUUGGUCUGCUCAGUUUAAUUUGUUCAUGAAUAUUGUUCCAAUCACCUGGCUCAUACUCAAUCUUCUGUGCCUUUGAUUUGGAGUUCAAACCGAACCAUCUGAAAAUUUCCUCAGUAAAAUGCUUUUCUUCUUGAUAUCUUGCUUCUCUUUCAUCCUGCUUUCCAAGUCCUUCUCUCACAAGCCCCCUCCUUCAUGGAGGGCGGAGAUGAGAUUGUUGGCUCAUGAGCUUUGGGAAGAAUUUCCAAGUUUUUUGGUGUCGUGGUUCCAAAAAAGUAGGCUUGGUAUUAAGUCCUUCAGAGUUCCUACAAUCACACAAUUGAAGAAGAUGAGUCCUAGUUCACAAGCAGAGAAUGUCGAGCCUGCGGAAGAGAGGAUUUCUCUUCUAGACUUGCCUGAAUUGACCUUGGAAUGCAUCUUUGAGCAGCUUUCACCGGCUGGGUUAUGUAGUAUGGCAGGAGCUUGUACUUCUUUGAGGGAUAGGUGUAGGAGUGACCAUCUGUGGAAGAAACACAUGAAGAGGAAAUGGGGUAGAUUGAUUGGUGAUGUAGCUUAUCGAGAAUGGCAAUGGUAUAUUGCUUCAAGAGAGAGAACAAGCCUAUUGGAUCAAAGCAAGCACAGAGGCUUAUUUGCAUCACUUCUUAAGUUAUGGCCUCUUUCAUGGUUUAGAUGCAAUUUAGAUGCUUGUACAGAGCCAAAGAGUUGUCUACCUGUUGAUUCAAUCAUGGCUUGGUAUCUGUCCCUUGAGAGUGGCAAGUUCUGGUUCCCAGCUCAGGUUUAUAACCGUGAGAGUGGACAUGUUGGGUUUUUGUUGUCGUGUUAUGAUGCAGACCUCAGCUAUGAUUUCUGCACUGACACUUUCCGGGCAAGGUACUCAUUACAUGGACGGCAAACAAUAGAGGAAAAUAUUCAGUGGGAUAGGCUAAGAGCACCACCGGUCAACACUCCUGCCCAUGUCCUACAUGUCUCUGACUGUCUAAAUGACUUAAAACCUGGAGAUCAUGUUGAGAUUCAAUGGAGACGAAACAGAGAGUUCCCUUAUGGUUGGUGGUAUGGGGUUGUUGGCCACUUGAAAUCAUGUGAUGAGAAUGAAAAUAAUUGCCGUUGUCACACUAGUGGCAUGGUAAUACUGGAAUUCAACCAGUACAGCCCUGACUCACGAUGGAGACAAACAGUGAUAAAUAGGAAAGACCAUCGGGAAGAAGGCAAUGAUGUAGAUGGCUUUUAUGGAGGGAUAAGAAAGCUUUACAAGGAGGAGGAGAUAUCAACGUGGAAGCGCCUUCGGCCAACCCAAGUGUUGGAAUAGUCUGUUCUCACCACCUUUCCACUUUUAAGGGCAGUCUGUAAAGAAGCCCCUUUUCUUCUUGAAAUGUGAAUAGAAAGAACCUUAAGUCAUACAAGUGGUUAUUAAGAGAUGAAGAGUAGCCUUCAGCUUUUUGUUCAGUGGAUGUGGAGGCCUUUGAUUUGUUGCACAUAUAGUCUACCAUGUUUACCACGAUAUGUAAUUUUCAGAGGAAUACACUAAUAUUAGUUACCUUAUUGGAGGUAAACAAGAAGUUUUUGCUGCUCCCUAGGGUAAAGGAGGGAAUUCUGAGAAGAACUACUUUUCUCUUAUAUCUGUAUUGACAUAUGACAUAUCUGCAAGCAUUUUUCUACUUA